AUGACGGAUACCGUUAAGUUAGCGUUUGUCUACUUAUGUUUUUUAUAUGUACAGAAACUUGUAGCCGCGCAAACUUGUGCUGAUGGUGUUGAUGCUUUUGUUGGUAAGAUAUACGUCUAAAAUAAUUAUGUAGCUUCUUUUUAAAGCUCAAAAAAGUACUUUUAUAAAUAUGUUAACUGUUAGUUUAAACUUUUUUGUUAUACUUCAUGGUUUUGAAAUAGUUUUUUGUAAUUUUUUUAAAACACAAACUGAAUAUACUAAUAUUUAGAAUGCACUGGCGUAUGCCAGUCUGAUCCUACGUUAAAUUGCGAACAAAUCAAUGGAAAAGGAUAUUGUUGUAAGCUUCAAUCUUUGAUUAUUAAGUUUUUUUGAAAUCACUUUAUAAUUUUUUUGCAAUCAAACCUUUUUAUUUAUGCAUUUAACAAUCAUAUUUUAAUUAAAAAAAGUUUUUUUAAAGUUUAAAGUAUGUAUAUCCUACAAAUAAAUUGUUGACAAUUUAGGUGGUUAUGCAACAACUACAGCUGCACCGGCAACAACUCCAUCACCUAAUAAUAACGGAGGCAGUGGGGGUAACUGUCAAGAUGUCGUACCCGAAGAGUGUAAACGUAAAACUAUGUUGUGUACAAGAUUUGUAAGUUUUUUACAAGGCUUAAAGAUUUUUUUGCUUAGUAUUCUAUACAUUGGUGGGGCUGCUGACAAACAGAUAUAAAUUUUUUAGGAAUACAAACGGCUUAUGACAAAAUACUGCAGCUUGACAUGUAAAUUUUGUACACCGUCUGCGCCCGCUAGCAACAAUAAUCCAGCACCACCACCACAAAGUAAUCAACCGGAACCGAGUAUAAAUGCGAACAGUUGUAGCGAUUCGAAUACUCGAUGUGGUGCUCAAAAAGGCAUUUGUGAUCAUCCGGUACGUUGAAUUUGUUUUAAAACUUUAAAGUUUUUAAAUAUCUAACCUUGUUUUUCUAAUUAAUUUACUGUAAUCUAAUUUAAAAGUUUUACAAUUUAGUUACUGACUUUCAAAUUACCAUAGGUCUUAUACUAAGUUAAGCAUUUUUUGUUGCCAAGUAAUUCACUAAAAGUGACAUUUUUAGAAAUACCAAGCUAUGAUGGCUGCCGUAUGUAAAGCAACAUGUGGAAAGUGUUAG